AUGCUAGGCCGGAUAGCGCUUGUCCUGGCCGCGGUCGCGCGGGCCCUGCGGCUGCGCGCAGGGCCGCCGCUGGCGCCGGUGCGCCGGGCGCUCGGCGCCGCGGCCUGCGCCGCGGCCCUGGCGCCGCCGCUGACGGGGCCGGCCGUCGCCGCGCCGCCCGCCGCGGAGCCGGACGCGCCGGCGGCGGCGCGGCGCCUCGUGGAGGAGGCCUACGACCUGCUGGACAAGUACUACUACGACGGCGACUCGCUCGCGGCGCCGCGGUGGCGCGGCGCACGGGAGCGGUACGCCCGCGCGGCGCAGCAGAAGCCGCGGGCGGCGCCGGCGUUCCGGGCGGAGGCGCUCAAGGCCCUCGACGCGGACCGGUACACGCGCAUCGUUGACGAGCGGACGUACGCGGCCAUCUCGCGCUUCGACAUCCUGGGCGUCGGCCUCAUCCUCGCGCCGGGGCCGGACGGCCGCGCGGCGGUCGCGAGCCCGCCGCUGCCCGGCGGGGCGGCGCAGCGGGAGGGCUCCAUCCGGCAGGGCGACGUCGUCGACACGAUCGACGGCGUCAAGACGGGCGGCAAGUCGUCCUUCGAGCUCCUCGAGAUCGUGGACCGGGCCGCGGACGCGGGCCGGGCGACGUUCGGCGUCGUGGGGGCGGGCGACCGCACGCCGCGGCUCGUGACGCUCGAGCGGACGGUGCGGUCCGUCGGCGACCCCGUGCGCGCGGCGCGGGGGCCCGCCGACGGCGUCGGCUACGUGCGGCUGGGGGAGUUCAACUCGCGGACGGCCGACCGGCUCGCCGAGGUCCUGCGCGACCUCGCCGCGCGCGGCGCGGCGCGCUUCGUCGUCGACCUCCGGGGCAACGGCGGCGGCGCCUUCCAGGAGGCCGUGGCCGCCGCCUCGCUCUUCCUCGACGACGGCGCGCCCGUCGUGACUGUCGUCGAGCGGUCCGGCGGCGGCGGCGGCGCGGACCGCCGCGAGACCUUCGCCGCGAAGGCGCCGCCGCCCGCGCGCCGCGCCUUCGCCGCCGCCGCGCCGCCGCCGCGCGUCCAGCUCUGGCUCGACGGCGGCACCGCGUCCGCCUCCGAGAUCUUCGCCGGCGCGCUGCGCGACAACUGCGCCGCGGCGCUCGCGGGCCGGCCGAGCUUCGGCAAGGGCAAGAUCCAGGCCGUCUUCGGCCUCGCGGACGACUCGGGCCUCAUCGUCACCGUGGCCAACUACCUCACGCCCGCCGGCACCGCCAUCCAGGGCGUCGGCCUCACGCCCGAGGCGGGGCUGCGCGGCCCGGGCCUGGGCCUCCUCGAGCCGCCCCUCCCGUCGGCGGCGCAGUUCGACGACGCCUGGGACCACCGGGUGUGUGCCACGAAAUAA